UAUAAUCGACGAUUGUGACCAUAAAUCCGAUCGACGCAUCCAAAAUCGUAUCCGAAACAUGCAUAACUUUGCCUCUAAACUCGAACAAUUGGCAAGCCAGCGCAUACGACCAAAUGUUGAAUCAAGACCUGAAAAAAAAAAUCAAAGUAAGCCUUAUCUAUAA